CUUUAUUCUUCCUGUCUUUUCCCAAAGACUUUUUCCACAUCUUUUGCUGUCUCAAGCCUCAACUUCCAAAAAACACCAAGACCACCUCCUCUCCUCUCCCCCUUUUCAUGAAAAAAAGAAAGAAAAGUGAAUAAAGAAGAGGCAAAGGAAAAAACUAAAAGGCCCAGAAGGCCACACAAAUGCACUCCUCCUCUAUAUGUUCUGUCACACCCUUUUCUCUGGUUCCCACUUGAGGUAGAUAGGUAAGCAAGCUACUCGUUCUGAGCUAGGGAUUUCACAGUUCAAUCCCCCCACCAAUGAUGCAAAUCUUGAAUCUUCAUUGGUACUGAGAAACGAUUCCCCCCCCCCCCCCUCUAAAUCAUAAAGGAGAAAAAUGUCCGCCAUGACUAGAGGUGGUGUGCUUCUGUUUCUCACGCUCCUCCUGCUCCUAUCUGGGUCUCUGUCUUCUGCUGCAGUCUCUCCCUCGCCUUCAAGAGUUGUGAAUGGUUUUUUGUCAAAUGCGGUAUCUAAGCUGAUGAAAUGGUUUCGGUCUUUCAGGGCUACUACUAAAACAGUGGCUUCUAGCCGUCCGAUGGUGAAGUUUGAGAGUGGGUAUACAGUGGAAACUGUUUUUGACGGAAGCAAGCUUGGGAUUGAGCCUCACACGGUGGAGGUCUUGCCCAGUGGGGAGCUCCUCAUUUUGGAUUCUGCUAACAGUAAUCUUUACAAGAUUUCUUCCGCUCUCUCUCAACACACCAGACCAAGGUUGAUUGUUGGUUCUGCGGAUGGAUACUUCGGACACGUGGAUGGUAAAACGAGAGAAGCAAGGUUGAACCAUCCCAAGGGGCUUACUGUUGAUGACAAGGGAAAUAUUUACAUCGCAGAUGCUGAUAAUAUGGCAAUUAGGAAGAUUAGUGAAACAGGAGUAACAACAAUUGCAGGAGGCAAAUGGAGCCGUGGAGGUAUGGGUCAUGUUGAUGGACCAAGUGAAGAUGCAAAGUUUUCAACUGACUUUGAUGUGGUCUAUAUUGGAAGUAGUUGCUCUCUCCUUGUCAUAGAUAGAGGAAAUCAAGCGGUCCGGGAGAUCCAGCUUCAUUUUGAUGAUUGCGCUUACCAGUAUGAAAGUAGCUUUCCUUUAGGUAUUGUAGUACUUUUGGCAGCCGGCUUCUUUGGUUACAUGCUAGCGUUGCUCCAGCGCAGAGUGGGAAGCAUAGUAUCUGCUGAAAAGGUUGAGAAAACGGCUGUUACUUAUAAUCCAUAUGAGAAACGAGUCAUGGCAUCGUCGGCGACAGCAAUGCGACCUCG